AUGUCGCAGCACCUACUCACCGCCGCUGAGUCCCGCCUCUUCAACGGCUUCCUCGACCACCACGCCCACGACUCUGUCGAAUGGCGCGGUUUCCACCCCGCCCUCGCCGACAAGAUCCCCCACAAGCAGGGAAAGGAGGCUCUCGCCCGCGCGACCAAGGAGCUUCUUUCCUUCGGUGCUGCCAACGCCCCUCUUAGCAGCAAGGCGGCCACCGCUGCGGCCGGUGGGAGUAGUAGCGGGGGCGCCAUUGCAAGUUUGAGCGCGAGUGCGAGUGCGAAGACAGGGGGGACGAGCCGCUCCGGCAGUGGUGUGUCGCAUUGGCCGAGCUUUACCCCGGAUGCCCAUGACCCCGCACGGUCCAACCACGGCCGGUACGACCGCCACAGCCCCUACUCCUUCUCGUCAUACCGUCCCCAGCAGCAGCAGCAGCACGAUCAGCCAACAUCGUCCUCGUCGGCGUUCACCCUAGCCUCACUGAACGUCUCUGCGCGCCCAUCUGUACCGCCCUCGUCAGCCUCCACAUCCAAGCGUGCGCUCCCACGGGACCACCAGGUCGGCGGCUCAAUAUCCAGUGCCGGCGACGGCACCGUCGCAAAACGAGCACGCCCCACCCCACCAGAGGAUACCUCUGCUCCAAUUCUUCCCGCCAAUACUCCCUCCGCCGCCGCCGCCGCCCCAGCGAAAGCUCGGCGCCCAUCGCAGUCCGCCCGAAGAUCCGCAGUCCCUGCGGCACCGUCGAAGCCCGCGCUGCUCUCGCCGUCGCAGAAGCGCGCAAAUCACAUCCAGAGUGAGCAGAAGCGCCGUGCGAAUAUCCGCCGGGGGUACGAGGCGCUCUGCGAUGCGGUCCCGGCACUGCGCGAAGCAAUCCGGCUCGACGAUGAGGCGAGCGCGGCGGAUGCGAGCACGAAUGCGAAUGCCAGUUCGGCCUCGGGCGGCGGACGCGAGGACAAGGCGCGGAAGCGCAAGCGACGAGGCGAGGACGAGAAGACCGCCGAUGGGCGUGCGGGACCGCGCAGCGAGAACGUCGUGCUGUCGAAGACGAUUGAGUAUAUUAGGACACUGCUUAAUGACCGCCAGGAUCUCGUCACGCGCCUGACGUUCGCGCGGAGCGUCCUCGCGCCGGAGCACCCUGCACUCACAGUCUCGACGGCGCAUGCGGACGAGGAGGGUAUCCCGCUGUGGGAGCGCGAGUGGAAGGGCGGCAGCGGCGCGGCGGACGAGGACGAGGGAGAGGGGGGGAGCGAGGAAGACGAGUAG